UUAUUAACCACGCCAUAGCCAAACACAAGGUUCAAUAGAGAGAGCGAAUCAAGAUAUUCAAAACCUAUUAAGAGCAUGGAUGUACGAAAAUAAUACGAACAAAUGGGCGGAUGGUCUAUAUUUUGUUCAAUUUAAAAAAAAUACAGCAUACCAUGAAGGUAUAAAGCAAAGUCCGUAUGAAGCUAUGUUUGGCACAAAAGCCAAAAUGGGUCUGUUUUCGUCUUCUCUUCCUCGAGACAAAUUACAUGAACUUGAAUCAGAAGAGCAUUUGGAAAACAUAAUCAAAAAUAUGAAUUCUGAAAACAUUGAUCGAGAAAGUCUGCAAGAGUCGAGUGAUGCCGACCAACAUGACAAUAAUAAUACAGAUUCUGAAAACAUUGAUCGAGAAAGUCUGCAAGAGUCGAGUGAUGCCGACCAACAUGACAAUAAUAAUACAGAUUCUGAAAACAUUGAUCGAGAAAGUCUGCAAGAGUCGAGUGAUGACGAACAACACGAAAAAAAAAUAUCAAAUAAAUCAAUUUCUAGAAGAAAAGAAAAAAUAAUUUUGAAUAGAGAAGUAGCAAUCACCAAUCUUCAAGUGCAAGCUGUAAAAAUGUUGCGAACUUCAAAACAAAAGUUUCAGCCGGCUAAUGUUGGAGAAACUGUCCGUAUUCGAGUUCCAGAUGUUGAUCGUAGUAAAAUGGAUCCCCAAAAUAUUUUAGCUGUAGUAUUAGAUAUAGUAGAUAAUGAUUUUUAUAAAUUAGCUACCAAAAACGGUGUUAUAAAUCGAUUAUACACCAGAAACCAGUUUUCAGUGUGUAAAGAAAAUUUAAUAUCAAUCACUGAUGUACAAAGGGAUGUACAAAUUUCUUUAAGGGAAGCUUCUACAUCAAAUUCAUUGAUUGGUGGGCAAGGAUAUAAAAGAUGUAACUGUAAAACAAAGUGUACUACAAAAAAGUGUAAAUGUAGAAAUGUUGGCAUUUUAUGUAGUACACAAUGUCAUGACAGUUUGUCAUGCUGUAAUAAGUAGUAUUAUAAAAUAAUCAUAAUU